AUGAAUAUUACAUCUUUCGGAAGCCUUUUUUCGAAUUGGUAUAACGGCGAGUCAAGCUCAUCGGAAGCAGUAGAUUCAAAUUGUUCAAAUAUCAACAAGAACCCAAACAGAUCUACACGAACCAUACACAAAACGAUAAAAUCAAACGCCUAUGUACCUACAUUCCGUUUGGGUGGUCAACCACCAAGGUCAAUGAGAGAGGAAAACAAACAAAAAUCGGAAUCUAUUAAUUUUGAAUUUCAGAUUAAUAGUAGUUUGAUCUGCCCAUCUUCUCAUCAACAACAUGAUAACUAUUCCAUCAAUCACCAAGAAACGACUUUUCAACAGAAAACCUCCAAGCUUCUCUCUCUUCCAUUCGAUGGAAUGGUGGAAAUUCUAAGCUUUCUUCAAAAAAAGGAUAUUUUCUUCAUGUCGCUCAUAUCUAAACAUUUCUACAAUAUGAUAUUUUGUCAGAGUGUUUCUAAUUUUCCAUUAUGGAGAGUGUUGUGUGUGAGAGAUGGAUUAAUCACGCCUCACUCCAAUGAAAAUGAUAAUCGUUCUGAAACAUCUCAUGAAGAUGACGAAGAAAACAAUUACAGCAGUGAUAAUCGUAGCGAUCAUAACUGUCAAAUCGGUAUGAAUCAUUAUUUCUUUGAUCCUUACCGAGAUUUGUACUUGAAUUAUGAGAGUGAUAUUGGAACUAGUCAAUGCGAAUGGUUUUGCAAAUUUGAUCUUGUCAAGUUGGAAUGGGUGCUGAGUGAUAACGUUCUCCAACUUUUAGAGAAAAUCAUUAACAAGGAAAUUUGUGUUGUGACAGCGCUGCAAUGCUAUCCAGACUCUACCAAGUAUAAGGGCAAUGCAAGCCAAGUUCUCAAUCAAUUGUUAGGAAUUAGAGAGGCAUUUCCAAAAUCCCUUACAGAACAAGACUCCGAGUUACCAUGCCUCUACAUGUAUACACGUCCAUUGUGUCGAGUUAGAAAAUCUCAAAGUAAGGGGAAAAAUCAAAACAUUCUCUUCCUUAGAGCAUACAACUUGUUCGAUGAUGAGCACGAUUCAAAUGUGUCACUCGACGAUGAAGACUUAUUUGGAUGCAACGACGAGUCCAAUUUAGCGAGUGUCAACAAUUUACGAAAAACAUUAAUGAGAUUUAUUAUCUUGUUCAGCUCCACAGUAAUUGUUUGCAAACAAAGCGAAUGUCCUUCUUGGUUGUACAGACUGGACAGUUUAAUAGAACCCAUUCACGACCCUCCUCUAUUUGGAGCAUACUCGAACAUGCCUAGCCUUCUUGUAUGCAGUCUGCAUACAGCAUCACCAAGCCAAUCUAGUUCAUCUCCAAAAGAAAAUGUAGAAAUUUAUGACUUGCUGGAUGAAAUCCGUCACAUCAUUGUACACAACAAGAAUCAAUCGCUGAACUUUUUAUCUAUCAUUUUGAAUUGGUUUGGAAAGAUUCAUGGCAUUAACUUAAAUGUGAAAAACAUUUCCAACGAAUCCUAUGAUGAAGACUUGUGGUGUUUUGUGAACGAUAUUACAAGCAAGUUACAAUUUGGUUGGUCCAUUUCAAGAUGGGACAGAAUCAAAUCUAAUGGUGAAAUUUGUAAAUUAUUCUUUUCAAAAUGUGUUUCUGAAACUAAUGAGCAUAGAACCACGAAUAUUACUCAUGGAAAUCUCUUUGUAGAUGGAAACAUGUUUUAUGAGAACAUUCAAAACAAAUUUGCAAAGACCUUACUCGAGAAGGAGAUGCAACGAUCCUUAGAGUUUUAUCAGAGAGCUGUCAAAGCUGAUUUAAAUCCUGCUAAUCCAUUGGAAAUGGAAGAAAUAGUCAAACUCUCUGAAAUGCAUGCCGAAGCAGCCAUUAGGAUGUUCACCCAAACAGUAGCUCCUGCAUGCUUCUCAUCACAAACGAUCGAAGAAGUUGAACAAUCACUAAAGCAUGGAAUUAAUAACAACUUCAGAAUUUUAUGGAGAGAGAAUGCAAGAAACUCAGAAAAUUAUUGCCAAGAAGUUUGGGAAGCAACUUUUAAAUGGAUGAAGGCAGAAUUCGAAAGUCCAAGCACCCAUGAUGACUUUUGUAAUUUAUUUGAAUCUCGAUUUUUCUCAUCUCUCACUCUCUAUCUUCAAAAUGCGAUUGGAACAAGAAAGAUUUUUGUCAUGAACUUUUGUUCAAAGCAGUACCUUGAAGAUUACAUCAUUCCCGUUUAUCCAUGCAUUCGAAAUAUUUGUCAAAAUAUAAUGGCCGCAGUUGAAGGGUUAACUUUCCAGGAAACGGUAGAAAUUGACAAGCAAAGAUCUCAACUUCAAAAACUUUCUGCCAUACGAUUGAAACUUCUAACUAUAGAAAAUACCAUUGACCGUCUCAAAGAAGAAAUUCAUGUCAGAGAGGAAGAUUUGAAAAAAUCAGAGGAGCAAAGUGGUGUAAUUGAAGACCGAAUGAAGAGACUUGGCCUCAAAUACGAAAAAUCUCUUUUAGGCAAGGUUUCCUCAAUACGAAAGUUAUAUAUUGAAUCAGCUUCACUCUCUUUACAAAAUAAUAUUGAGUUACACAAAAAGUUUGACGCAGAAUAUGAACAGCUCAAUAGCGUAGGAUUCAACAGAACACACAUUGAAUAUGACAUUUUAUUGGAGGAAUAUUACAAACGAAAACUUUUUGUGGAUGCAAAGGACAAGCGAAAAAAUUUCUUUUCACAUCUGCAUCCUAAUAAUAUGAAUGUUUAA